AUGUCGAGUAGUGCGCUGAAUAUCACCCAAACAUGGACGGAAGCCACGGCCAAUGCCAGUCAGCUUCCGGGGCUGCCGGUGCCGGAACCGCCGCUUUAUCUGGUUGUUCUGUUGUCCCUGCUUUUCUCGCUAAUAUUCCUAUUCGGAGUGGCCGGUAACCUGCUGGUCACAGCCGUGGUACUCAGGGGCCGAACUUUGAGGACCUCGGUGAAUUACUUCCUCAUCAGCCUGUGUAUCGCCGACUUGUUGGUCAUCAUCGUAUGCAUGCCAUCGGCUUGGGUCGACGUUUACUCUCAAGAUGUUUGGUACUUUGGGGAAACAUUAUGCAAACUCGUCCCAUAUCUGGAGAACGUCGUGGCUGGUGCAUCUGUCUACACGAUCCUCUGCAUUUGCGUGGAGCGCUACAAGGCCAUCUGUCAGCCAUUACACAGGAGCAACGAUGCCAUGUGCAGAGUCGUGAAGAUCGUCCUCGUCAUUUGGGUUCUCUGUGGUUUCGUCUCUCUCCCUUUUGCGUUCUUUCCAGUCUACAGAAACUCGGUCUGGCUUGAUGGUACGCCGAUCAAAGUUUGUCGUCAUCCUAUGAAGUACUCUUGGCAGAAGGCUUACCUGGUGACAAUACCGGCUGUGUUUUUUUUCCUGCCCAUGCUCAUUCUUCUGGCCCUGUACUGCCGGGUCGGGCGUGUGCUAAUCCCACAACCAGGGGACACCGGGGACGCCUUCGAUGAAAGCUUUCGAGAGAAAAUGAGACAGAGGCGCCAAGGAAUUAACAUCGUGGCAUCCAUUGUUACCGUGUUCUUCGUCUGUCACUUGCCUUACCGUGUAAUCAGUCUGUGGUUGAUAUUUGAAUCCAGGGAAGUUCUUUCUGGGCUUGGACUGGAAGCUUACUUGGCAAUUCUAUACUUCGCUCGCAUUGCGUUUUACCUGAAUCAUGCCCUCAACCCUAUUCUCUACAAUUUCGUUUCUCGCAAGUUUCGGGCAGAGUUACGCCGAAUGUGUCACACGUGUCGUUGUAGACUGCCCACCUGUGUUCUCACGGAUUCCGACACAUCCAGCAGCAUCUUCAAAACUUCUAGAACAUUCUCACCCCCGAUACAUUUCCAAAAAUCGAGAAUAAUUAAUACAGAACAACCGAAGCCGCUCAUAGAAGACGAAGAGGUAUAUAUCCCAUGUACGGCCACUCGCAAGUUCCGAAAUGAUUUCUCCGGCUUGUACGCCUCAGUUCGCGCUGCAGACGACAGUCUAGAUGUUGACAAAGCUUCCGUUGAUCAAGUGUCCGAAAUCAAAAAACAUUUCACAGGCCAAAUCAAGUGCGAAGGCCCAAAGAAAAAGAUCACAUCAUUGAGACUAUUUAUUCACUCUACGGGAGACGGGUUCGCUAUCAAUGUGGACUUGCGGGCUAAGCGAUCACGGAGUGAGCAAAGUCUAGAUAAUAACCACGUGUCCUCCAAAACGACGUAUAUAUAA